CCCUAUCCUAGCCAGAACCCUACGGCUUCCCAGUCCGACCGUCUCCGGCCCACAAGAUCCUCUUAGCAGUUUGCGGGAGCGCUUACUCCCCUUUCUCCAAGAUGUCUUCUGUCACCCUUCCUGUGCACUCAUACACAUGGGUCUUCGUCAUGACCAUGCUGUUUGCAUUCUUGGAUGGCUACUCCAUUGGUGCCAAUGACGUUGCCAACUCUUUUGCGACGUCGGUGGGCUCGCGGUCAAUCACCCUCGCGCAGGCUGUCUUGAUUGCGAUAUUCACGGAGUUCGGUGGAGCGAUUGCACUGGGCGCAACAACAACGAAGACCGUGAAGGAUAGCAUUAUAAAGACUGCCAGUUUCGACACGCGUCCAGAUUUGCUGAUGUCCGGCUUCCUGUGUGCCCUGGUGUCAUCGUCGUCGUGGGUCAUGUUCGCAACGUACAUGGGCUGGCCUGUCUCGACCACGCAUUCUAUAAUCGGAGCGCUCAUUGGCAUAGGCAUCAGCGGCUACGGAUUCGACUCUGUCAACUGGGGUUGGGAUGGGAAGGGCGUUGCCCAAAUCGUGACUUCGUGGUUCGUGUCUCCCGUUCUUGCGGGUAUCAUUGCGGCCGUGAUCUACCUGCUUACUCUGCACUUGAUUAUGAAGAGCAAGAGCUCGCUCAAAAGGGGUAUAUGGGCUAUUCCGAUCUAUUUUACCAUCACAACUUUCAUAGUCUCUUUCUACGUCGUCUCGAAGAAUGGGCAAACCACUCUGGACAUCAAGCCGAACUCGACGGGUGGAAGCCUUCAGGUUACAGGAAACGUCGGUCUAGCGUUCGGCAUCAUUGGCGCCAUCACCGGAGCGAUGUUGAUCUUCUGCGCUGGCUUCCUGGUGCCGUACUUCAUCCGGCGGCUGCAGAACGAGGAAUCGCUCAAGUGGUACCACCUCUUCAUCAUCCACUGCACACCCACGCAGCCGCAAGACCCCAAGAUCGAUUUGUGGCUCAAGCGCGCGUUCACCCCGCACCUGCUGCAGGACGACGAGAAGCGCGAGCUGGGCAUGGAGGUGGAGGACGCGGAGGACGGCGCCAAGGACGAGCCGGAGAAGCCGAAAUCGCGGAACCUGGCGGUGCGUGCGUUCAACAAGGUGAAGCUGCUGCUGUACCGGUCCAUCUUCAUGGAUGUGGCGACGGUGCAGAAGGACAGUCACGGCGCGGUGCAGGCGCAGGAGGUGGCCGUGGUGUACGACAACAAGACCGAGUACCUCUACUCGCUGUUGCAAGUCGUCACCGCGUCCUUCGCCUCCUUCUCCCACGGCUCCAACGAUGUGGCCAAUGCCCUCGGGCCCCUGGCCGGCGUGUACCAGAUCUGGAGCUCAGGCGUCUUCACUACAACAGCCGAAGUACCGCGCUGGAUGCUCGCCUACUCGGGCAUUGCUAUUGACUUCGGCCUAGCUCUAUAUGGCUACAACAUCAUGCGCAACCUUGGCAACAACCUCACCUAUCAGUCUCCCUCGCGUGGAUUCUGCAUGGAGCUUGGAGCAGCCCUUGCCGUCGUCACAGCGUCGUUCCUGGCACUGCCAGUCUCCACCACGCAAUGCAUCGUUGGCUCUACUGUGGCUGUCGGCCUAUGCCAUGGGAACUGGCGCGCCAUCAACUGGGGCAUGGUGGCCGUAGCUGGGUUCUCAUGGCUCCUCACAUUACCACUGGCAGCAACGGUUGCUGGGCUUCUGUUUGCCGUCCUCACCCGUGGCCCAAGCUUUACUCUGCCUCCCGGGAUGGGCUAGAACAGAGGUCAGCUUUGGACAGUGUACCAGAGUCUAAUGUUAUCAGAAUACUAUCAUCAUAUAAAGUUAUGAGUUCUUA